AUGUUGCUUAAGGAAACGUCAGCAUUUAUACUACUAUUGAUUGUGGAUAUUGUAUUUAGUGGCAAAAAAUAUAUAUUUACAGAAUGUUCUUUUGGCUGCCAAUCAUGUUCUGAAUCAACUUGCAAAAGUUGUGAAGAUUCUUACUUUUUAACAAAUGGCGUCUGUUCACCAUGCCCCGGGGAUUGUGAAAGAUGUAACAACUGGGAUGAAUGUACUUUAUGUAAGCCAAAUAAGCAUGGUUUGUAUGCAAGAUGUGAUUUUAAUUGUGAUAGUAAUUGUCUAAAUAAUGAAUGUCAAGUUGAAAUUGGGUAUUGUACCCAAUGUAAGCCUGGUUUCUAUGGGCUUAUUUGUCAACAUAAUUGUAGUUUAUGUGAAAAUGAACGUUGUGAUUUACGUACCUGCGCGAGUGGUUGUAAUACUGGAUAUUAUGAGUAUAAAACAGAUGUCGAAACAGUAUGUCAAAACUGUCCGACAAAUUGUAAACAUUGUACGGAUGGGAAAGCAUGUUAUAUUUGCAAUGAUGGUUUUAGUCUUUAUAAGUUUAAUGACAAUGUUCAUUGUUUGGCAUGUUUACAAGGAUCGCAAUGUCCGGACUGUAAUAUUCAAGGUUGUAACCAGUGUCAAAUACACAAUGAUUCGUUAGUCUGCGCUGAUUGUCCAGAGGGACAGAUAUUCAAUGGUAAAACAUGCGAAUCACACACUACAUUAUGCCAAGAAGAAUGUUCUACGUAUUGUGAUAGUACUGGAAUAUGUCAAGGGGAAUGUAAUGGGGGCUGGACUGGUGAAAAAUGCUCCGAAAGAUGUAACAGACAAUGUUUAAAGUGCUCAAAAGAUAACGGAAAUAGUUGUCUACUGUGUGAAGAUAACUUUUACUCAACCGAUUGCAGUUUAGCCUGCAACCCGAUAUGCAUAGUAAUAAGUGGUAAACAUACAUGUAAACCUGCAGACGGAUAUUGUUUAAACGGAUGUAAACAAACAUAUUGGGGCGAUACCUGUGAUAAAUCUUGUCCUGGUGGAUGUAAAGAUCUUAAAUGUGAUAGAAACAACGGUACAUGUACAGAUGGAUGUAAGGAUGGACUGACUGGAGAUGAAUGUACUCAAACUAUCACAAUAGAAACAUCAGUGACAACAACAACUACAGCAACAAAGUCAACCGAAUCUGUUACACAACAACAAACGUUUGUGCAUCAUGGCGAUAAAGCUAAAAACUUUACCAUUGGUUAUUUCUCUGGAUUCGGAUCUUGUGCUGCCAUAGGAGUAUUUGCUGUAUUGUUUUACCUUAUUAGACGAAGGUAUCUUGCAAAUAAAACGUUUAAAGAUAAUAAACCUAACAUUGAGAAUCCAACAUACUAUAACACUAGAACUGAUUUUGAAGCUGUAAAUGCUGAAUCAGCUGAUCAUGACGUGACGAAUAAUUACGAGAGUUUGAGUAAUAACAGGACCACAGAUAAUGUAUACAAUGAUCUAAGAACAACAUUGUCAUAGACGUAAGGGAAAUGAGUUUUAGUGAUUUUCUAGUGAAACCAACAAAAUGUAUUGUUAGACUGAAUUUUGUUGUUUCUCUUAUUCGAUACACAUUUUAUGGUGGUGAUAAAAGCUUUAUUUCCUUAAUUCAAAUAUAGCACUUACGACAACAAGUUGGCAGUUGGUCUCUUUGUGCGUAAAUACUUUAAACCCUUGAAGCACAUUUUGCUCAUUCACAUGUUCAUUUUUUCUAAAUGCUUUAUCUUUAGUAAAAUACAUUGUUUAUAUUUAAGCGGUAGGUAAAGUUCAACUUCCUCAAAGCAAACGUUUCAGAAGUACUCAAAGAUUGCUUCGAUGUAGUAUCACCUGCCUGUCAGUGUACUGCAAAAGUAAGAGAGGAUAAAAGAACAUGGAUUGCCUACUAUUAUGAUUUAGAUACAGGAAAAGUUAUAUAUUAAACAUAUUCAAACCUAUAUACAUAAUGAUUAGAAAUAUGUCUAAGCUUAGAGCACAGCAGUUUCAUUUUCAAGUUAGAGUACUGUCUGAAUACUUUAACAUAUAAAGUCAGAAACUAGUCUUAUUCAAAAUCUUAAUUAGUUUGUGUUUCAAAGGAAAUUAUGACUCCUUUGUAAUUACUCAUUCAAUAUGUGAAUAGAAAUGCACAUGAACAUUAACAUUUUCCAGAUUAAAUCGCGCCUAUUGUAUUUAUUAACUUUUCCUGGAAGAUGAAUUUAACCAAAGUAUAAAAGCACUAACUAUAAUUUUAUGAAACGGUCUUCUGUUAGUCAAAAAAGAAAAAGUGCUCUUACAUCUUAGGACUUUAGGUAUUUUUCUCCGAACUACUCCUCAAUGACUAUGGUGCAAUUUAAUGGAUUUUCCAGUUAAAGACGAUUUGAAGCUGAGUAAUCUUCCUUAUAUAAAAAUGUAUUUUAGUCUGUUAUUUAUUUUGUGUCUCCCGCUACACAGUAGAUACAACAUGCUACAAAGAAGGACCAUUUAGGGAACAAACUGUCAACUCACCCCUCAAUAUACCUGCUGAAUUGGCUACCAUCAGGCGACACAGUCGUAUGAUCACUUAGCGCUCUUUGUUCUUGUUUACUGUAUACCGCAUUACAUUGAAUGGCACAAAGUGUCACAUUGAAUGUUCCAUGAUAACCACCGUAUAAACACACCUUAUUAUGCUUCUAAUUUUAGAAAUAAAACAUUUAAAAAACAGUCAGAUGUAAAUGGUAAUUCACAAAAAAAAAAACAGGAACAUUAACCCUGUUAAAAUACUUGCAAAUUUUAUCUUCACGUUAUGAAAAUAUCAAUGGGGCUAUACCUAGGUCAUUGAUUCCUUUAUAUUCAAAAUUUUAUUUGCUAUGCACCACUUUAAAAACGUAUUAUAUUCCAAAAUGUGUUAGCUUUAUUAUGGAAUGAAAUUCUUUUUUCUUCUAGCAAUAUAUUGUAAGUCCGAAUAUCAUUAUGGUGAAUAAUUAAAAUAUAUACAAACAAUUUAUUGUAGCAUGUAAAGUACGACUAAUGUGUUUCAACAUUAAUGUACCUUGUAAGCCUUU